AUGACAUCGAUGCAAGCCAAAAUUAGAGCAAAGAUAGCGCUGAUGACAUGUGAAAAGUAUGAGACCAUCCGUCGCUAUGACGAAAACAUGAAGAAGCUAAAAGAAGAAUUAAUUCAACUAAAUAGACGUAAUGACAACAUUAACUAUAUUUUAGAGUAUUUUAGAGGUGAAACAAGAAUGCCGUCGGAUUAUACUAUAAAAUGGCUUAAAGAUGUUAAAGAUCUGCUGGAAAAUGACGAAGAGCUGAUGAAAUUGAUGAAGGAGAUAGAUGAUGAAGAUCAGGAAAGCAGCAGAAAUCGGCAAUCAAAUGAUCACUGCUUUGGCGAUGGCGGCCGUGUCUGCAGUUUGAAACAACGGUAUGAAGCUAGCCUUAAAGCUAAGGAGAUGGCCGCUAGAGUUGAGCCAACGGUGAAGAAUUUUCCCGGCCAAGAUGUUAGUACACGCAUCUUUCGACCUCUAUAUAUUAAAGAGAUUGAAGAAAAGGGAUAUAAAGAGUAUCCAGUGAAGAAGUUGGAUUUCAGAAAUGAAAAUCUUGUACAAGUAGUGAGCAAGUUAAAAGAAGUUCAGAUUGAUGCUAUUGGCAUGUUUGGCGACGACGGUGUGGGUAAGACAACAUUGGCAAAAGAAAUUGCCAACAAAGGAGCAAAUGGUAUGUUGUUUGAAAAAAUUGUGAUGGUUGAGGUUUCAAGAACCCCCAAUGUGGAACACAUUCAAGAUCAAAUUGCAGAGCAACUUAAUCUGAAAUUAAGCAGUUUGCAUAGUACAGAGCAGAGGGCAGAGGAUCUGCUCAUCAGUCUGAAGAAAAUUACUAAGAUACUCUUUAUAUUGGAUAACCUCUGUGAGAAAAUUGAUCUAGGAAAAGUUGGGAUACCUCAACCUUAUCAUAAAACAACACAACAAUUUUGCUGCAAGAUGGAACGAGUUGUAGUUAAUGUCAAUGAUGGACUAAAAGAACAAGAAGAGGCGGCGGAGAAGAGAAUGUUGAACGAGUGUGGAGGACUGCCCCUUGCUAUUGUGGCAUUAGCUUAUGUGCUUAAGGGUCAAGAGUUGUCAACUUGGGAACAUUUUGCUACUGAAUUGGAAAAACCCAUUUCAAUUAGUCAAGCCAAAAUUAGUGGUGUGAAUCCUCAAACAUACUCGAUUCUACAAACAAGCUACAAGUUUAUGGAAAGUGAAGAGAAAAGGAAAUUCUUCUUGCUUGCUUGUUUGUUUCCUUCGGGUGCAAGUAUACCUGUUGAAGAAAUGAUGAGAUAUGGCAUCGGAUUAGGGUUGUUUCAACAAGUGGACAACCUAAUUGAAGCCAUGGAACUAGCCAACAAAUGGGUUGAUGAACUCAAAUCAUCAGCUUUAUUGUUAGAAGACCAUCGCCAAGGUUAUGCAAAAAUUCAUGAUUUGGUUCGGACAUCUACGAUAUCUCUGGCAGAAAAAGAUGGAGACAAGGUUAUGGUGGAAGCCUUUCCUGAAUGGCCAUCGUUGGAGACUUUCCAAGAGUUUUAUGCCGUAUCUCUCAUGUCAGGCAUUGAUCAUUCUCGAAUGAAUGAUCUCAACUCCGACAAGCUUCAAAUAUUGAUAUUAGACAAGAGCAUACCUCGAGGUCAAUUUUCUGAUAGUUUCUUUGAUGGGAUGUUAAAUCUAAAGGUUUUAGUGCUAAAAGGAAUGGACUUUACACUGGGGUUGCCAAAUUCCAUUAGAAAAUUAAAGAAGAAUCUUAGAACGUUGCUCUUGGAGAAAUGUAAGUUGGGAGAUAUUACUGGAAUUGAUGAGUUGACAAACCUCGUUGUUCUUAGUUUGCGUGAAUCAAGUAUGGAGGAAUUACCGGAGGCAAUAGGUAAUCUUUGCAAUCUUCGUUUGUUGGAUUUGAAUGGGUGCGCGAUUAGCAAGAAAGGGAUAUCAGCUAAUGUUGUCGUCCUAUCUAAACUGUCUAAGUUGGAAGGACUUUACGCUCUUAGUAAUGGCUUGGUAUUUGAUUAUGAAGAGGGUGAAAAUAGAAGUGAAUUUGCAAUUGAUGAGUUGGAUGAAGUGCAAGUAACAUUUGAAGAUUGUCCUAUUAACAAUGAACUCGAGUUUGUCAAAAAACUGGAUCAAUUUCAAAUAUGUGUUGGAAGGAGGACUAGCUCUGAUUCAAGUAUGUACUCUCAAUCCCGUGCUUUGCUGCUCAGCCACAUAAAAAAUCCGAACUCAGUUGCAAUAUAUAAGAGUGUGAGGGUAUUGCGAGAGAAAAUUCAAGUGUUAAUCGUAAAAUUUAUGUGGGAGCUCCAACAUGUAUUUGAUGAUCACAUCCACCAACAAGAAGACGAACCAAAGAUGCAAAGCUCAAUUCUUACAUUUCCGCAUUUGCAACAUUUGAUGGUUAGGCUAUGCCCGAAGAUGCAAUCUAUCUCAUCAAUCCCUUUCGUGGCACCCGAAUUGGCUGAGGUAACUGUGUCAUCUUGUGAUAGUAUGAGAUUCAUUUUUAUGGAGCAUGAACGUCAAGAGAAUGAAGAUGAGGAUGUAUUUAUUAAAAGAUUUUCUAGUUUAAAGAGGAUGAGCCUAGAAUAUCUUUCGAAAUUGGAAAGUCUUACAAUGAUAUUCCCAUCGUUGGAGCAAUUGGUCUUGUACUGUUGUGGCAGAAUUGUAACGCUAUUCGAUGUAAGUUGUACGUGGAAAAAUAUUUAUCGUUCCAGCUUUAAGAAUUUGCACAAGUUAGAAAUUACAAGAUGUGACAAACUUGAAACAUUGGGUUCGCUAUCAAUAGCAACGGCACUUGUGCAACUCAAACAAUUGUCCAUAGAUAGGUGUCCACAACUAAGGGAAGUUAUAAGUCACGAGGAAGACGAGGAAAUAAGGGGUCUCACAUUUGGUUAUGAAUUUCUUCCAUUGCUUGAAAGUGUUAGACUUAAAGACUGCCCUAAGUUGAAGAUGUUUAUAUCAGGAGCAAAGCUUAAGGAUAAAUUUCCUAUAUUGUUGUUGUUGACUUUGCAAAAAUUGGACAUUAGCAAAUGUCCUGAGAUGAAGUUUUUCUCACUUGGCCCUUCUUUCAAAGCACCCAAAUUAAAUCAUAUUGAUUUUGAUUAUGUGGCUACUCCCAUGGACAACGAGACUAAAGAAAUUAAUUUCUUAUUCGAGUCCUAA